AGUGUCGUUUCUAUGGCAACAGAAAACAGUAGCUUGCACAAAAUGAAAUUCCCGUUUAUGUAAAAAAAAUGAUUAGAAAAAUCACUUGUCAAUUAUUAAUUUUCACUUUUUUAUCACUAACAUUAUUAAAGAGCAGUUUAACAAUCAACAAUGAAAUAAUUGAAUAUUUUCAAAUUGAUGACUGUCAACAAAAUGAAUAUUUUGAUACUUCUUCACUCUCGUGCAUGGAAUGCGAUAUAGACAAACAUUUAGUUCCCUCAAAAGACCGUUUCAAAUGCGAGUGUGACAAUAGUAGUAAAUUAAUUGGAUUUGAAAAUUAUUUACCAAUAUGCAAACCAUGCAAAUUUGGAACAAUUCUCACGAGCGAUGGAAAGGAUUGUAUUCCUUGUAGAAAAGAAAACAAAACUUUAAAUUGUUCAUGUCCUUCAAACAAAAUAAAAGUCGAAAGAAAAUUAACUGGCGAAUUGCUGGAGACUGUUGAGUGUCUUCCAUGUUAUCCGAAAGCGUAUCCAUCAAAUGAUGGACAAGUCUGUCUACCAUGUAAUGAUAUUAAAUUCAAUAGACUCACAAAUUGUGAUUGUCCCAACGAAUCUUUUAUUCGAUUAAAGAAUUACUGUUUUCCAAAAAAUUAUUCCUACUGGUUUGAACUCCAUAAUACUUAUUUCGUCAAUUUUCAAAAUCAAACUUUUGAAAGUUACUAUCUCAAAAAGAAUCUACAAUUAGCCAACUACUUGUGCAAGGAUGAAAACAAAACGGCAUGUGAACAUUUAUCAAAUAUGUGUGCAUUGACUUUGUUCUCCAAUGAAGCAGCCUGUAAUUUUAUAAGACUGAAAGAUUCUUCUUUAUUUUACAAAGAAGACUCUAUUUCUGUUAUAAAUGGAAAGAAUAUUUCGCAAAAAUAUAAUCUCGACAAACAUUCCAAUAAAAGUACUAUUGACCUUAAGGUCAUAAAAUAUUCUUUAGAAGGUGAAUUCGAAUCUAUAGACGUGCCAUAUAUUUUUAACGAAUUAUUAUAUGUAAGGUUCGGAGUGAAUAUUCAUAAACGACUAAAAAUAGUGACAAGGGAAUUAAUAGAAAGGAAAAUAGAAUUUUUUAGUCCUUAUCUGGCCUACAAUAAUGAGAAUAAAGUCAAUUUACAUCCUCUUCCGAUUUCAAUACAACAAAUAAAUGAGAAUAAAGAAAUUUCUCAAUGGAAGCUGGUGAGAAAAUUUUUCCUCGUUGAUUCAGUGACAGGAAGGAAAGCAAUGAAAAAAUCUUUUAACGACAGUUUAGAAAGUGAUUUGGAAUUAUCCGGUGUUCGUUAUUUGAAAUCAAUCGAAAUUUUGAUAAAAGUUCAAUCGCUGGAAGAUCAUGGAAAAAUAUUUCCACCCUUGUUCACAAUACAAUAUGCCGAAUUAACUAGACAGCAGAUUUUAAAUGACGAAGAAAUUACGGUGGAUGUAAAAGUAAAUUUUGUCACAUCAGAGCAAGACAUUACAAAAAUAAUUGGGAUAACUGUUGGAAUUUUCGCAAUUUUCGCCGUAAUUCUGUCAGCAUUAAAAACUUGGACUUAUCGUCGAAGAAAUUAUUCAAGUGAAUUUAAUAUAUCAUUGAUUCUGUGGUUUUUAAUAUACUUCCUCAUAUUUAUUGCAAAUAUUCUUCUCUUUGUGUCAAUAAGUACUUGUAUAUGUACAUUUAUUUUCUAUAAAGGACAAACGAUUUUACAUAUUCCACUGCCUGAUAAAGCGGCAGAGACAACGAUUCACAUUUGUACAAUAAUUGCCUUUUGCCUCAAGACUAUCGAACUGAUUAGUGUUCUUUUUCGUCAAUGGAGUGUGAAUUUAUUUUUCAUCGAUUGGGAGCAGCCGAGAACAAUAACGAGCUCAGUGGAAUAUUCUUCACCGAGGACUUCUCUCAAGAAAUUAUUCAGCGAUAAAUUAAAUGGAAAAAAUGGUGAUGUUCCAAAAAGAAAGAGAAGAAGAAUGACAAAAACAAAAAUUCAAACGGAAAUUGAUAAGUCCCCGGUUAGAAAUGACGAGGCAGAGAAUGAGAGAAUGAGUCCGAAAAAGUUGCCAGUUAGCGUUUGGAGAAGUUUUUUCAUUGUUAAUGAAUUUUACAAAAUUCAAACUAACCGGAGAGUUAGCAUAAUGUUUCAAAUAGUUUCCACUCUUUUCUUUCUAGAGGUAAUUGGUCUGAAGAAUUGGUCAAUAGGAAUUCCGGAAUUGAGUAUUAGCAAUGAGAAGAGAACAAAUGAAUUGGAAAAAAAUUACACAUUACGUUACGGAAUUGGAGCAUUGGUUUAUUUGAUUCUCUACCUUUUUCAAUGGCUCAUGUCAAUUUCAUUCUACGAGACAUACGUCCGAAAGAGAAUUCAACGCUUUGUCGAUUUAUGUUCAAUUUCAAAUAUAAGUUUAUUUAUAUUAUAUUUUAAAUAUCACGGAUUUUAUAUUCACGGAAGGUCGGUUCAUGGUUUCGCCGAUACGGAUUUAGAAACUCUCGUCAACGAUUUAAAGAAGGAGGAAAAAAAUUUAUGUCCCCAUAGGGGACUUGUUCCUGGAACAAUUGAACAAACAUUUAUCAUUUCCGUUACAUCUUCAUUUCGAAAAAUGUUGGAAGCUUCCUAUGGUUCCGAAGGAAUGUCAGAAAAGCGUUUUCUUCGAAAGCAGUAUACGCGUUUUUUGAAUUGGGAGAAAUCAAUUUUGGCUCAUGAAAAAGUUAUCAAAUUUUUGUCAAAAUUUAUUGAUCAUUGCUUCAAGGAUCUGGACUAUGUGGUGAAGGAUAAACUCUUUAUAGAAAAUUUAUGUGACACGGAAUUCGUAUCCUCGAGGGAUAAAUCUGUUUUUUAUCGAGAUAAUAGUAAUUCUUUCGAAUGUAUCACUUUCUAUGGCAGCGAAUGGAUACUUGGAACAUUUGAAAUUGCACUCUUUGUCGUCUCCCAAGCUCUUUUCCAAAACUACGUUAUUGCUCUAUUAAUUACAUUUUUAAUCUCACAUUUUCUUAUGAUAAUCAACAAAUGGAAUGUUAAGCGGAAUCUAACAAAAAACACACUGAUAAGUAAAAGAUUCCUCGUGUAAAUGUAUAAAGCAUAGGGAGUUUUACUUUCAGCAAUUUUAGAGUAAAUUUCAAAGCUUUCGCUUAAAUUCUAAAAAUGAUUUAAUUUAUCC